GUAGCUGCACAAUAUUUAAUUACGCCGACACAUACGUACAAACCUGUACAUGUACUUGUACAUUUCACGCGUAAUCGGCCGUGCCGAUCGAAGAGCAGCGCAAAUAAUCCGAUUUGAAAUUUACCGGUAAUAUUCCUGACAGGGAACUCCAUCCCAGUUCCGUUUUAACAUCACAACAUGAUCUGAGCGGUGCAAGCAUGCAUCACAUUUAGAAAUGGCAGAAUUCAGCUAUGGACGAAGCGGCAGCAUGCACAGGACUCGAGCCGAGAGACCGCUGACGGACUCCAACUUCGGCAUGAAACAUAGCACCUCGACACCGGUUAUCCGCGCCGCGAGCCCCGCGGGGAGAGGCCUGUACGGUUCCAGCUCUCGUGCCAGCAAUGUCAGCAGCACCGGCAGCGAGUCCAUGCAGGGCUUGAUGAACGAGUUUCGGGAGCUUUACAACAGUCGUUUGGAAAAACUCGAGGCGGAGGACGAUGGACACGAAGAAACAGCGAAGAAAAAGCUGCGCAUCUUACAGUCCUACAUCAAUGACUUGACUGAGCAGAAUGACGUGCUUCUGAAAACUGUGGAGGAUUUAGAGAGGGAAGCCAACGAGAGAGUUGCCUCACUGGAAGGCAAGCUACAAGAAGCCCAGACAACAAUCAAGGAGAACUCUAUCAAGUCCCGUGAAGCUGAGCAUGAGAUGAGACUGGUCAACAUUCAGAAACAGAAUACUGAGCAAACACUCCACGAUUUACAACACCGCUUUGAUCGACAGAGAGAGGAAAAUGAAGCCCUGAGAGAUGAGAAUGCCGACCUUAACCAUGACCUGAACAUCCUGAUAGGCCUGAUUGGUCAAUCAAGAGCGACAGGCAAGUGGGAACUUGGCAGGCUGGACGCUCUCCGCCUCGUCUCUAGGGAUCAGAUCCUGGGCCCCAACCCCCAGGACAUCCCCACAACUGACGCCAUCAUGCAAGGCCAUAUAGAGGACCUGAAGGCCCAGCUACGCCACCGUGACAACCUCAUCUUGAAGCUGCAGAGCGACCUGAAGGGGAGUCGUGACAACCAGAUGAGCUCGGCAGAUGAGAUUGCACGCAGAGGAAUGGUCCUAGACUCCACAAAGACGACCCUGUCGACAAUCCACGAUCGUGAGCAGCAACGCAUGGUGAGCGAGACCGACAAGGACAUCACCAUCAUGAAGCUGAGAUCCACGCUGCACCAGGCCGAGCAGAAUAGACAGGAUGCCGUCCAGGAGAUGGCAGGCAAGGAGCAAAAUAUUGACCAAUUCCGUUCCUUAGUCAAUGAACUGCAGAAUGAGCUGGUCGUACGCGAAUCGGAGAAAGUAAGCCAUAUUCAGACUAUUGCUCUCCUGAAGGAAAAGCAACGACAGUCAUUUGAUCAGGUGGCUCAUUUGGAGCAGCGAAUCAAAAAUCUGGAGGUGGAGUUGAGGCAGUCACAUGACCAGAGGAGGAAAACAAUUGAUGAGAUUGGUGUUCUCCAGUCACGACUCAGAGACAAGCAGCUCUCCUCCCAAGACAGCCACCAGUUGUUGAAGCAAGAGCUUUCCAGACGUGACGAUACCAUCCAGCAGCUAAGAAAGGAAGUGUUGAAUUUGCAGGAGCACCAUGACAAUACACUGUCAGAGUCGGACACUCACAAGAGAAGAGCACAGACCUUACAAGAGCAGUUGGAGAGAGAGACUAUGGAGUUUGAAGCACAGCAAAGACAUAUCCGCAGUCUGGAAGACCAGUUGGAAACGAAUUCCACACAGUUUGAAGCGCAGCAAAGAAAUACCCACAGUCUGGAAGACCAGUUGGACAAGAAAUCCACACAGCUUCAAAAGAGCGAGGAGGAGAUGCGCAACUUGGAGGGGGACCUGGCAGAGGUCAGCCGGCAGCUGCAGGGGGCGCUGGAGGAGGCAUCCAUGAAGGAGUGCACCAUCAAGGAGCUGCACCAGGACCUGAGCCAGAGCCAGGGCCAGUGCAACGAGCUGCGGGCCCAGGUGGAGAAGCUCUGUCGGCAGGUGGCUACGCUGUCCAAUGCCUCCCGGGACACCCAGAACGCACUGACCGAAGAGGUUGCUGAACGUCACGACACCAUCGUCCACUUGCGCAGCGACUUGCAGCUCCUUGAGGAGCAGCACCAGGAGUGCCUGGCCCAGGUGCAGCACCGGGGGGAGAUCAUGCAGCAGCUGCGGCAAGACUUGAAGAAGGCCAACACAGAGUUGGCAGAGGUACAAGAGCAAGCAUCAAGGACUGAGGAGGAGGCACGACAGAGAGCCGCAAAGCUCCAAGCAGACUUGACCGUCAAAGAGGGCGCCCUCCAGGCCACCAGGACCGAGCUGACCAAUGUGCAAGAGAAGGUCUCCAAGAGCCAAUCACAGGUCGAGAAUCGCGAGGAAACCAUCCAACGUCUCCAGAGGCAGGUCCGCACCCUGCAGGGGGAGUCGGAGAGGAGAGAGGAUGCAGUUCGGAAGCUAGAGGCGGAGCAAACAGCCUCGCAGGAGGAGAAACGCAAACUGGUGGAAGAGCUGGCUAGGAGGAAGACCUCCCUGUCCCAGAUGGAUUCUGAGCUGAAAAAGACCAAGCAACAGCUGCAGGACACGAUGGAGGAGAAUGGCCGGCUGGCUGCCAGAAUCCAAGCAGCACAGAUCACUGCACAGAGUGAGCACGAUGUCUUGAAUAUUGAGGUGUCUCGUCGAGAUGAAGCAAUGAAACGGAUGAAAAAUGAGCAAACUGCCUUGAGGGAGCAAGUGGCCAAGUCAGAGGAAAAGUUGUCCAAACAGGAGAUGGCGUUAGAGCAGUUGAGGCACCAGUGCAAGAAGGCCCAGAAUGAGAUCAAGAGUCGCAACGAAACUAUUCAGAGCUUGGAACGGCAGAUUCAGGAGAUGAGGCACAUGCACAGCGGAGCCAGGGAUGAGGUUGAGCGUCUGGAACAAGCACUGCAGGAACUGAACAGCGAGUUUCAGUCGACACAGAUCAAGGAAGAGAGCCUCCAGCAAAACGUCAAGAUGAAAGAAGAUGUGAUUUCCGAGCUGAAAGCCGACGCCGAAACACUCCAUGAACAACACAAAGAAUUUCUUGCCAAGAUUGCAGAGAGGGAUGGAGCACUUCAGAAGCUGAACAACGAGAACGCCAAACUCAAGACAAGGAGCCAAGAAAAAACAGCAGAGAUCCAGAGGCAGACCAACAUGAUGAAGCGGCUAGAGGACUCCAUCACCAAGGCCCAGCUGGACAUGGAGGAAUUGAGACGCAAGCACCAAGAUGAGAUGGCCCGACGUGAUGAAAGCCUCGGACAAAUGCGGGAGGAACUGAUGGAGGCUCAGCAACAGUACACCACCUGCUAUGAUGAGGUGAUUAAGCUGGAGGACCUACUGGAUCGCGUCCGAGCAGAGAACGCCAAGCUGCAGAAGCAAGGCGAACACGACGCUGGGGAGCUGCUGGCCUUAGCCGAGCAGGCCCAACGGCUGGAGCUGGACCUGGCUGUGGUGCAGGAGAAGCACCGCACCUGCCAGAAGGAGGUGGCGGCCCGGGACCAGACCGUGCUCCGGCUGCAGGCUGAGCUGGACACGACACAGCAGCAGUACCAGGGCUCACUGGAAGAGUUAGCUGCACACGAGGAGGACCUACAGGAAGCCAGGGCAAAGGUCAAGAGCCUCCAGGGAGAAAUUCGUGACCUGCGAGACGAGUUAGCCCAGAGAGAGAGGAAGGUGGCAUCAGACGAGAAAUUUAUUCAUCAGCUGCAGGAGCAAUGUCAGACGUCUCGAAUGGAGAGUCAGACCCACCUGGCCGAGAUCGGCAAGCAGCAGACAUCCCUCCAGGCUGCCAAGCAACUCCACGCGGAGGACGUGCGCAGCUUCACGGCCCAGGUCAACGACCUCAAGCACGAGCUGGAGGAGGGGCGGGCGCAGCUGGACAAGAGCGAGCUGCAGGGGCUGCAGCACAAGAGCGCCGCCGACGGACUGACGGCGGACCUGGAGAAGACACAGCAGCUGCACAAGAGUGCCAUGGACAGAAUUGUGCAGUUGAAUCGAUCCCUGGAAGAGCGGAAGGAGUCAUACUCCCGAGCCAGGCAGGACGUGGCCAAGUUGCAGGACCAGCUGGAGCAGGUCCAGUACACCACGCAGGAGGUCAACACCGAGUUGGCCAGCUACAAGGAGCGCCACGGCCAGGCCUUGGAGCAGCUGCAGAGGGCGGAAUCCAGCUCAGCAGCCACGAUACGAGGACUAGAGAAACAGAUCGGGGAAUGCCAGAACAAGAUCAAAGACAAAGACGACACAGCCGACAAACUCCGUCGCUCCCUCAACGACCUGGAGCUACAGCUGAACGACAAGACAGAUCACGUCCAGAAGGCAGAGCGGGUGAUAGACUCCCUCACAAAGGAGCUGGACAAGACCCAGGGGGAGCUAAAGGCGACCAAGGAGAAGCUGGAGAACAGCGAGGACAACAUUGAAAACUUGAAGGAUAAACUACUGGAAAAACAGCAGCAGUCAGCACAGUACCAGGAGCAGGCCCACAAGCUGCAGGCUGACCUAAAAUCCUACAGGGAGGAACACAGGCACACAGUGCAGGAGGUGAGCGAGAGAGACGAGGCUGCCCAGCAGCUGCAGCUCCACCUGCGGCAGUUGGAGAGUGCCCUAGCCGGCAAAGAGCGGGAUACGGCCGACCUGCGCAUCCGGCUGGAAGAGGCAACCUUUGACCUGGAGGGGACCAGGCGACAGCUGGAGGAUACUAAGAAGGAGAUUCAGGGCCUGGAAGAGGUCGUUAAGCAACAGCAGCUGGAUUUGGCCUCAGCCAGUCAGAAACACAAAACGGAGGUCCUGAAGUUGGAGGACCAGGUCAAGCAGCUGGAGUCCAGUCUGUCGGAGGCCAAGAAGGCCCUCAAGACCCUCAGCCAAGAGAUCGAGCGGAAGAAGGAGAGCCUGCAGAAGAAAGACAACGAGAUAUCGCUCUCCAAGGAGAGCAUCAAGAUCAAAGUGGAGGAGAUUGGGAAGUUGGAAACCACCGUCCGCAGCUUGAAUGAUGAGAUCCAACAGCUGCAGGGCAGAGAGAGGCAGGCGCAUAAUGACAACGCCAAGCUCCAGGGAGAGGGUAGGCAACUAAAGGAAGACCUGACUGAAGCCAGGCAGCAGUAUCGCGAUGCCGCCCAGGAGCUGGCCCACCAUGAGGAGAAACUUCUCUUGAUGGAGAGCAGCCUGCAGUCCACCCAGGAGCAGCUCAGCCAGCGGGUGACGGAGACGGUCCGGCACGAGCAGCUCAACCGCCGCCUACAGGCUGAGCUGCGCACCGCCCGCGACCAGGUCCAGCUCCUGGAGGAGGAGGCUGAGGACCAGCAGGGCAUGGCAGAGGCCCUGCAGCGGGAGCUGGCCAGCUCGCGGGAAGAGCUGGAGGGGGCGCGGAAGGAGCUGGAGAGGUGGAAAGGGGAGGGGGAGAAGCUGGAAGGCAAAGUGGGGGAUGUGGAAGAGCAACUGGUGGCACUACAGGAACAGAUGUCAGAACAAGGCAGUGAGUUGCAGGACCAGAGGGAGGAGUUGGAAGCAGAGAGACAGCGGUACAGUGACGCCAGCAGACAACUUCAGGACUACAAACUCCGCCUGGGUGAGCUGGAGGACGAGAUGGCUGGCUGCCGGUCGCAGAUCAAGGACAAAGACGCUCAGAUUUUUGAGAAGGACAACCACAUGGCGACACUGGAGCAGGAGCACACCUCGUUGCAGUCCAAGCUGCGGUCGUUGAGGGAGGACCUGACCGAGCGGGAGGGACAGCUGCACGUGGUCCGCCUCAACCUGGAGACCUCAGAGACGCAGAACCGCCGCCACGCGCAGUCCGUUGCGCACUAUGAGGAGUCGCUGGCGCAGCUCCAGGCCGACCUGGAGAAAAGCCAGGAGGAAUACAGGAGCGCCCACGCUGAGCUGGUUGAGAGCCAGCAACAGAUUAGGGACAUGAGGGUGCAGCUGAGCGAAGUCCAAGGCCAGCACAAGGAGGCCAUGAACCAGCUGGGUGAGAGGGCCACCCUUGCCGCCAAGCUACAGAGCGAGCUGUCCAGGGCCGACAAGCAGAACCAUGCACUGUCGGAAGAGGUGGGCAUGUACGAGGACAAGAUGCGCAAGCUCCGGGGUGAGCUGAAGAAGGUCCAGGACCUGAACCACCAGAGCCAGCAGGAGGUGCAGAACUACGAGGCUCACGUGGAGCAGCUGGCCGACAAGCUGCGGCACGCCGAGGAGAAGCAGCGGCUGAGUGUGCAGGAGGUAGCCAUGCGGGAGGAGCAGAUCGUGGUGCUGAAGGUGGAGGUGGCCUCGCUGCAGGAGAAGCUCAGGCAUCGCAUUGAGGAGAGUGACAAAUUGGUGAAAGAGGUCAACGAGGCCACACAGAAGCACAUAGAUGUCUGCAAGGAGAACGAUCGUCUGAGGACAUCGUUGGAAGAAGCCCGUGCUAACGGUGACCGCCUGCACAGUGAGAGCGAACUAGUCGUCUCAAAUGUCAACUCUUGGGUCCAAAGCCAAAAAGAAGCCAAUGAGAAACUUGGGGCCAAGAUCAAAGAGCAGAACCAGACGAUCAGAACGCUGAACAAGGAGAAAGACCAGCUGCUGGAGAGCGGCGAGGUGCUGCAGCAGACGGUCAGCCGGCUCAAGCUGGAGAACGAGGACCUGCGAGUGGCCGCCGAACGCUUCAAGGCCCUGCAGAGCCACUCGUCUCAUCAGCAGAUGCUUCUGCAGCAACUCAAGAGCAGGCUGGAAGAUCACGAGACGGACCAGGAGCAGGAGAUCUCGGAGAAGCUGGCCACCAUCGAAGACCUCCAUGGCCGGCUGAAGGCCAACGUGGCCACUAUCCAACAGCUGAACGAGCAGCUGCACGCCCUUAAGCAGGAGACAGUCCGGCAGCGCUCAGACAUUGAGAAGGAGCGGGCGGCCCGGCAGAACCUAAGGAUGCAACUGGAUAGCCGAGAGCAGGCCUUCAGUGCCCUCAAAGCUCAGAUGGAGUCAGAGAGAUACCAGUGGACUGUGAAUGGGACCGUGCCUCGUCAUGGUGGUGAGACAUACACAGACGGUGUGGUGUCAGAGUCCACUUACCCCUCAGGACUGGGGAGGGGCUCACAGCGACAGAGCAGAGAGAAGAUGCAGUCGGCCAUCAACAGCGCCCUCAAAGAUGCUGGCGUGAGCGACCCCAAUGCCCUGGACAAGUCAUACUGGGUCCAGCGUGUGGGAGAGCUAUCCCUGCAGCUGCAGCAGAGCAGUGAGUUCUGGUCAGAGAAAGUCCGGGACCUGUCAUCCCAGCUGCAAAGGUCACAAAGCCCCUCGCCUCAUAAAUGACUGGGAGCAAGCUCCUCUCAAUGACAGAGAAAAGAUUAGCAUAUGAAAAAAAAAGUGUAGUCACUGCCUACUGCUAUUUCGUGGCGUGGUGGAUUUUAUGUUCCUGAGCAGGACAUGUUGCCAUAAUAGCCUAUGGAACCAGACCAUUAUCUUGACUGUGUGCAGUCCUACAGAGGCAGACUGUAUGUAUAAAACCUGCAUUACAGAAACAGCCCUAUGCUUCCCCCAACCAAAGCCGGCAAAGAUGGUACUCAUGCUACUAGGGAAGCAUUUACGAGUAUGCUCAGUCCCACUGACCAGUGACCAGCCAAGGAAUAUCUAUCAGGGCCCAUUUCCAGAUUUUUCAAAAAUGAACCAUUCCUACGAACACGUCAGGGCAGAGCGUAAUGUCAUGCGCAAAGCAACAGUUGGGCUAUGUAGUAUAGUUUCAUCACAAAGGCACAUUGGUCGAAAUCACUAGCUCGUUUGAAUUUGUCAUUAGAAAUUGGUACAAGCGUUGGAAGGAAUGUGUAGCCGAACUUGAGUAAAGCGAACUAAACCAGUUUUGAUCUUUUCAUCAUAUGCAACCAUGGUAGAGUAGAACACGUGCCACAGUUGUUUCCAAAUCGCUUGCCUGUGGCUCAAAGCAACACACAAGCCUAUGGGAAGUGUUAACUAUUGGCUUCCAUAAGAGCAUGUUUUUUCCAGCCAUGACCAAUCAAGUUGGCCGCUGCUCACAUUGUCACUUACUAAUAUUUAAAUAACUGCCUACUUAGAUAGUCCCUAAUGGUGACAAUAAUGUUUUGUAUCUGCUCCUGGAAGACAGUACUCAUUAUUAAGUUUUCUCCGUAACUAGCUUAAAAUUGAUUUGUGUCUUGAGCAGUAGUAGUCAUUGUAAAUACUUCAGUUUUUAUUUAUGGAAUGUAGAACAAGUUUAUAUAAAAUGUUUGAGUUUUAUAGCACUUGGUUAUUUUAUUGUGGUUUUUGAUGUAUCUUACAGAAACUACUCAGAGUAGAGUUCAACUUCAGACUUGAAUACAGGUAUUGGGAGUAGUCUGCCAUUUUCCUUUUAAAGGGAGUAUUUCCCUCUGUAAGAGAAGUCUAUAUCAUUGAAAGAUACGUCCUGAUUGGAUAGCAAUGAGUCACUUCUCAAAAAUGUAAGUGAAUGCAAGCCCAGUGUUUCACACUUUUAAAACUGGAGCGAGAAGUUUGUAAGCUUGUGUAAAAGUGCCAAAAUUAACUCUGCCCUGCUAGGUGUGAAAUAAUCAGACUUUAACCAAAAAUAUUUGUCAGUAUUAUUUUUAUCCUUGUUCCUCUACAUGUCACAAUUUUUCAGUGUAAAACCCAUACUCCUUUUUUAUAACUUUUCUAGAACAUUGUGGUGAGACAGUGAACAGUACUUUUUUUUAAAACUGCCUUAUCUGGUGUACAUUCCACUGAAAUGAUUAUAUAUCUAUUUGGUAUAAACUGUGUACAUUUUUAAUAGGAAUUUUAUUUCAUUCAUGAACUUUUUAUACACUUUCUGGCAACAGAAAUGGUCAAUGUUUUGAAGUGGAUGUACUGAACAAAACGUUAUUGAUUGCAAGUAUGUGAAGUGACGUGUCGAAUUUCUCUAAAAUUGUAUUUUCUUGGAAUAACAAUGGUUGGAUGACUUUCUGCCUUAAUUUUUCUGACCAAUUCCGUCCUUUUUUAAUCCGGAAGUAACUUUUAAAUUUGUAUAAUCCUUGAAAACUUUCUUUUAAAGGAUACAUAGUGACUCUGGCUUCCUUUUGUAACGUAUGUAGAUAACUGCAGUCGCUGAUGUGUUAUCACAGGAGAUCUUUUCGCCAGUUUUGUUUUAUUUCAUGCUAAGCAUGGUAGAUACAUGUACUUAUAUUGCUCAAAAUGACAGUUCUAAAAAUAUCUUACGGUGACUUACAAAGCAGUCAAUAUAUGCAACUAACCUUGUUUGGAUUUAGGGGAGAAGCUUUCUAUCCAAGAACAAAAUGGCUAAUAAAUAGUUAAAUUCUGCCUUAAA